UGGUUUUUGGGCUCCAUUGAUGGUUUCACGCUCACCCCUAUAACCAUGAGCUUCUUAUUUUGUAAAUCCCGAGAGAUCCAGCACUUCUUCUGCGAAGUUCUCGCCUUGUUGAAAAUCUCCUGCUCAGAUACCUCUCUCUAUGAGAGUGUCAUGUACGUGUGCUGUGUCCUUAUGCUCCUCAUCCCUCUCACAGUUAUUUUAAGUUCUUACUCCUUUAUCCUCCUUACAGUCUAUACAAUGAAUUCGGCUACUGGUCGUAGGAAAGCAUUUGUCACAUGUUCUUCCCAUGUAAGUGUUGUUAUUCUCUUUUAUGGAGCUGCUGUUUAUAACUACAUGUUCCCUGUCUCUUAUCAUACUGUUGAAAAGGAUAUGAUGGUGUCUGUCUUCUACAAUAUCCUAACACCUGUUAUAAAUCCUCUCAUCUACAGUAUCCGGAAUAAAGAGGUCACAGUAGCUUUGAAGAAAAUAUUAUGGUCAAAGCUGAUUUUAGCUUAUUUUCAGAAGUAG